UUCAAAGUACGUACCUCAAUCAAUUCUUAUCACAAUAAACAUGAAUUCUCUGCCAAAUUGUGCAAAAUUUCCGGGUAUUUUAUGUGGGAUAAUUAUAAUGUUCUUAUAACUUACCAGUUUUUACGAAUGCGCCGAUUAAAAACAUAAAAAGCAGUGAAUUUUAAGUGCAUUUGUUGGUUAUUACAAGCCAAACAUCAAUCAACAAGAGUGUAUGAAAAGAGAUGUCUUGGCCACAAUGGCAGCCUCCUGCCCAGCCUGCAAUGCCUAUGAUGAACAAUGCUAUGCCAAUGGGCAUUCAGUAUUCAGCUGAGCAAUGGCAGCAAAUGCAGCAACAAAACUGGCAGCAGUGGGCACAAUGGCAGCAGCAAUAUCAGCAAUGGCAUCAACAAUAUGGAGCAGAGUAUCAAAAAUCAUUAACUGCAAUGGCAAAUAUUGGUACAAUAAGCCCAUCAACUCCAAUAUUGAACACAGCAGUACCACCUCCUUUACCAAAUGACGCUAAACCUCCGCCACCACCUGAAGAACCUCAACAAAAUCAACUAAAAACAAAUAAAAACACAUUUCAAAACAAUGCAAACAUAAAACCUGCAUAUGGAUACAAUUCUCUGCCUCCACAAAACAAUCAACAAGUGCAGAAUCAGCAACAACGCCAGCUUCAAGGUAAACGUCAAGCAUUAGAGCAUCAACCUGAUAUUGCUUCAUCAAAGAAAAAUAAAUUAGACUGGCAACCGCCACCUACAACUAAUACACCACAAGUUGGUCCACAAUUACCUACAACUUCAGUGCAUCCUCAACCACAACCACAACAAGAAAACAAGGAAGAUUUAUCUGAUCCAGAGAAAAAGUUUAUGAAACAAUUCGCUGAGUGGGAAGCACAGUUCAAUAAAUGGAAAGAACAAAAUCAAGAUCAUCCAGAUAAAGCACAAUAUCGCGAGUACGAGAAAAAAUGGGAAGCGUGGCGGAAUCAACUCCUAGAAAGACGAGAACUAAUGCGUAAGAAACGCUUAGGUUUACUUCCAGCCAAUGUCAAUAUAAACACAUCAUUAGAAAUGAAUAAUGGCAACACUACAACCAAUUCGAAUCCAAAAACAUCAACAGUUCACAAUGCCUUGAAUACUGAUACAACAGAUGUAAAUAAACCGAUUAAUACUAAUGCAUUAUCGACGAUAUUCAAGAGUAAUUUGAAUGAUGGCAUACCAGGUUUAGAUUUGGUGGAUGCGCCGGGUCAACCAGAUGAUAUACCACCAAAUGAACAAAAACCUGCAAAUAAUGAAGUACAACCUGCGUUAAACUUAGAAGCAUUGUCGAAGAACCUGAAUUCAAUUCUGGGGGAUCAGAAGUUAUUGAAUAUAUUAAGUUUAGUUGCUCAGAAUACAAAUCCUGGUGCAGCUGCAAUCAAAAAUGAGGUUAUAUCUACUCCACCUGUUGUUGCACCGACUAUACCUAGUGGUAUUACUCUUGCUCCUGCAAAAGUACAACUUACUGCAGAUGAUCAGACUUCUAACUGGUCGACGAAUACUAAUACCAGUGGGAAUUCUACUGCUUGGAGUCAGGAGAAGGAACACAAGUUUGAUCCAAGUCAGAAUAAUAGAUUUGGGGUUAUAGAUUCACGACAUGGUGGAAAUAAUGAUAGGAGUUAUCAAGAAGUGAAAAGAUUUGAUGAGUUUAAUAGGAACGAAGCGAGAUUUGGGCCGAAUAAUCAUAAUAAUAGCUUUGAGGAAGAAUAUUGGUCACCGAAUGGAGUACAAGAUGAUAUUGCGCCUGCGCCGCCGACGAUUGCCAGCUUUGAUGAGCUUUUACAAAUUGAUAAGAUUGUUGAUUACGAUCAUAAAACAAAGAAACAAGACACAACCGAUGUGCGUGUGUUUACGCCACGAUUAUUUGACUACCGCCAUAAACUUGUCACGCGCAUUCCUCUCCCUGAACGCCCAAGAUGGUUAUCUGAGACGUUUCAUAAUAUACCAGAGUUUGAUCCGCCUAUAAGUCGCACUGCGCCGCCAUAUUUACGCGAUAGAUACCCGCCUGGUCCAUCUGGUAAUUAUAUAGAUAAUCAAUUUAGUCGGCGUCCUUUCCCUCCUCAAAUGGGUGGUCCAUCGAAUUCUCCGCUUGAUUAUGAUAUGUCUUAUCGACCUGAUGAUGACUUCCGAAGGCGGAAUAAUUCUAAUCACACAAACAAUAAUAAUAAAGAUGAUUAUGAACGGUUCAAGCGACAGAAGUGGGUUGGUCGUGGGGAUAACCGUGAUAACCGGUCUCAGGAUUCAGAUAGGGAUCGGGAGCGUGAUCGGAAUCGUCUUCGAGAUAAAGAGGAUAAAAAUAAAGAUAAUAAAAGAGAUGUUAAAGAGUCAACACCAGCGACAAAUGCUAAUACGAAUAGUUUUGCGCAAAACCAACAAUUAUUUAGUGCUGCUUUAAAAAUGGACGGGAAUAGAGUGAGUCAAGCGGUGCGGACAAACAUUGAUGAUCUCUUAAACAAGCCAGGGAGGGCAAAACGUCCUCAAAGGAUUGUUAUUGUUUUGAGAGGACCGCCAGGCAGUGGAAAAACUUUCCUAGCCAAACAAAUUAAAGAUAAAGAGACUGAAAAUGGUGGUUCAGCACCAAGAAUACUCUCACUCGAUGAUUAUUUCAUGGUGGAACAAGAGAAAGAAGUUGUCGAAGAUGGCAAAACAAUAAAAGUUAAAGAAAUGGUUUACGAAUAUGAAGAAUGUAUGGAAGCAUCAUAUCGCCAGUCAUUAUUAAAGACAUUUAAGAAGACUAUCACAGAUGGAUAUUUUCCGUUUAUAAUUGUUGAUAAUGUCAACGAUAAAGUGAAGUAUUUUGAUGGCAUGUGGUCGUUUGCGAAACAAAAUGGCUUCCAAGUUUACAUAUGCCAACUAGAUCUUGACGUACAAAUUUGCACGAAAAGAAAUAUACACGGCCGUUCCGAGGUGGAAAUUCAACACAUUGUAAACGGCUGGGAGGAAGUGCCAUCUCAUUAUGGUAUUCUCGACGCGACGAAUCUGAUUCAAGCCGGGGCGAUAACCGAAGUCGAGAUGGAAGAGAUUAACUCACCGAAUGAUGACUUUGACGACGAGGAAAAUGAGGAGCAAGCGUGCAAUAGCAGCAAGUGGGACAAAUUCGAGUGUUCCAUUGAUAAUCUCGCCAAGCUUGAUGGGAUCAAUAAACCCCUCCGCCCCGCCGGAACGAUGGAAGACUACCUCCAACUGGAUGAAUGGACCGUCACAAGAACGGAGACCAAACCAGGACAAAAACGAGUGCGAUGGGCAGACCUGGAGGAACGCAAACAACAGGAUAAGAUGAGAGCGAUUGGAUUCGUCGUUGGUCAGACCGACUGGGGACGUAUGAUGGAUCCAACGCAAGGUGGAAGUCGGCUUACGCAAACGAAAUACAUCGAGCGUGUCGGUGUGCGCAAGGUGAACACGUAAAACACGUUUGCUAUUCAUCCCUUACAUAGGUACAUGCUUAUGUAUAUAAGUUCCUUUUUUGGUUUAAUCAUUGUUUUAUUUUCUAUAUCUAUGCGAUUACAUUACUAAUAAUAAUUUACUACAUACUUAUGUAUAGGAAUUAUAAAUGCGGAAGUCAUUGGGACUAUUUUCUUUACACACCACAAUUGAACCUUUUUUGUGUAAUUUGGUGUUUAAAUAUGUAAAAUAUGCGAUAAAAGCUUAAAGGAAGAA